AUGCGCGCUUUGAUUUUUCAUUCACGCCUAGCGCGUCUACCCAAACAGACUGGCUUCAAAGCACACAUAUGUCUCCGCAGCGUUCGACUUUUAUCUGGCUGCCGCGACGAGACAUUGUCCCUUCCGAUCGGUAACAAUGGAUCUGUAUCAUUAAGUGUUACGCGACCAGAGAAAGCUCACCACGAUGCACCUCUUGGGUCGAAGGUGAUUCUCUACCUCCCACCCGGUCCCAUAUGCCCGGGUUCUGAGGGGAAGGAAUCAGUGCAGAACGAAUCCGAUCAUGAUCCUCAACUCAACUCUCAGGGAAAUCUAGAAUUGAGGCAUGCUAGUUCAAAUGGAAUUUCUCCACAGCAGGCUUUGGCCUCUAUGACUUCUGCUACGGUGGUAACAGUCAAUUAUCGCCUCGGGGCAGCAGACAAGGGAUCCCCCACGACUAGACGAACAGAAUCAGAUGCAGAGCCAAAUCCAAAGGCCCAAAUAGCAGAGUAUCACAAAUAUCCGACCCCAGUACAUGAUACUCUCGCCGGAUUUGACUGGAUCAAAAAUAAUCUCCGAUCCGCCAAGCUUGGAGUCUUCGGCUCACACAUCGGUGGAUCACUGGCAUUAAUGUUGGCGCUCACAGAACCGCAAUCCGUACACGCUGUUGCCGCCCAUGAGCCUGUUUGUGAUUGGCCUGGACUGGAUGAGCACUGUGCUCACGAAGACACUACAGACCAUGGAGGGUCAACGAAACACAAACGGUCAACAAGACGGAAAUCCGCCCCUGCAGAUCUAGUUCCCCUUCUCGAGGCACGCGAACGAUUUUUCACAUCUUUUGAGCGGUGCUUCGACGCAUUUGCUUCGCCAAUCCUGUUUCUUCGCUCUGCGGGACGGGACAUUCCGAAAACAUUUCCUCAGUAUCUGACGGGGCCGGGGUAUCCCAUUCCAGUGUUGAAGAACCCCGGCAAGAUGCCAUCUGAGCAAUAUGAUUCUCCUACAAGUCCUUCAUGGGAUACAUGCAUAUACCCUGGCUCAGACACCGACGGAGAUGUUGAUCCACCUGUUCGUCGUCGAAAGGCGCUGUCUCGCUGGCCGCCGUAUGGAUUGGAUUAUGGACUUAAUAAUGAGAUCUGGACCGGAUCGGAUCAUGGCAUUGGCAGACUGCAAGUUUCUUUGCCGUGGGUACGCGUCUUUUUGAGGAAUUCAUCUGCUGGUUCGCAGAUCACUUCGAGCAACAAAGGUACAGCUGCGAAGCUUACGGUACUUGAGCAGCAGGGCGAGGAAAUGGUGUCCACUAUGCGGAAGGCAUGUUUCUGGGGUCGUGAGAAAGGGGUUGGAGAGCGGAUAGUGACUCUUUCAAGAGUAGACAACUUUCCUGGGCAGGAAUUGGCAAAUUAUUUUCAGGACGCUUUUGUUAAAGAGAGCAGUGAUGAUGACUAG